UCCUUCAGACAUAUACUUAUUUCAAAUUUGCAGAUGCAAGAGAUUUAUGGGGCUUCUGGUUACUUCUUGGAACCUGAGGGAACAAAUAAGAGAAAGCAUUCGGAAGCAAUUAAACUGACAGAGGUUUCUGUGAGUGAUAAGUUAGAGGGCUUCCGUGCAACUAAAGAGCUUUUCAGAGGGUUAAGUUUUCCAACUAUAUCAUCUGUUGGGCCAAAUGCAGCAAUUAUUCAUUAUGGACCAGAACCAGAAAAAUGUGCUGAACUUGAUGCGGAUUGUAUUUACUUAUUUGAUUCAGGAGCACAGUAUCAAGAUGGAACAACUGAUAUAACACGUACAGUUCAUUUUGGGAAACCUUCAGCUCAUGAGAAGGCAUGCUAUACUGCGGUACUUAAAGGCCAUAUUGCUUUGGAUACUGCCAGAUUUCCCAAUGGAACGAAUGGACAUGCGCUUGACAUUCUUGCUCGAGUUCCAUUGUGGAAGGAUGGUCUUGAUUACCGACAUGGUACUGGUCAUGGGAUUGGGUCUUACUUGAAUGUUCAUGAAGGACCUCAUUUAAUUAGUUUCAGACCACAAGCUAAAAAUGUGCCAUUACAAGCUUCAAUGACUGUAACGGACGAACCUGGUUACUAUGAGGAUGGGAACUUCGGCAUAAGAUUGGAGAAUGUGCUUAUAGUCAAGGAGGCUAACACAAAAUUCAAUUUUGGAGAGAAGGGUUACUUAUCUUUUGAGCACAUAACAUGGGCCCCGUACCAGAAAAAAUUGAUGGACCUGCGACUAUUAGCGCCGGAAGAUAUAGAGUGGGUAAACACAUACCACGCCAGGUGUAGAGAAAUUUUGGAGCCUUACUUGGAUGAAUCUGAGCUGGCAUGGCUGACAAAAGCUACAGAGCCUGUAACUGUGUAAAGGUUUCUAUUCACAGAAUCCAUUCAAAGCAUCAUCUUUUGCUUCAGCCAACAGUCUGAAAGGUGACUUGUUAAUUAUUACUGUGGUGCUUUCACAAUUUAACUGAGCUGAAAAUUUCUAUACGUAUCAUUGAGCUUUAUUACUGGAAUCCAGUUGGGAAAUUAUCCUGUGUGAAUAAAUCUUUUGGUCAAUGGGAAUGCCAAAAAGAGGUCUAUGUGGUUUAA